AUAAGGAGCAGCGCAGAUUAGUGUCUCCCCGGGUGGAGAGAGAGUGAUGCAACGUCAGUGUCUGUUCUGCAAGUGGAUCUGGACACAAUCAAACAGGAGGUUUCCUGAAACUGUCAGUUGUAGCACUGCCAGCUGAUUGGCUCACGUCUCUGCAAGGGAAUAAAACUGCUCCUCUGAUCCCUGCAAACGAAACAACUCUCAGCCUGAACAGCUAGACAGUUUAGGAUGAACUGAACCUUCUGGAGAAAAAAAAAAAAAAUGUUUGUGUCUGAUAAGUUCCGCAAGGUCGCCUGGAUCCUGUUGACGAUUCUCCUCUCCGGGUUCAUCUGCUCGCUCCUGAUUUACGCCUUACUUCUGGAAGCGGGCAGCAUCGCCAUCUCCGGAUGCAAGAAGAUUGGAUUCUAUAACUACUGCCUCUAUAACGGGACCAGUGCCGGGUGCUACUGUAUCACCGAUCAGGAAGGACUGACUGCCGUUGGAUUAAAUUGCCAGAAAGGUCUUCUCCUGUCUCUGGUCUUGACCUACUCCUCCCUGGUCACCUUCCUCAUGGGUCUUCUCACCAUGACCUUGGCCCUGUCCUUCAAUGAGCGCACCCUGUGGAUGUUCCCUCAGGUAUUCAAUGGACUCAGCUUGGCAGGACUCUCCGUUGGGCUCCUGAUGUACCUCUGCUUGACCUGGGGGCUCUAUGACAUCUCUGAGCUCAGCACUGGAUUUCUGGCUUUGCUCUUGGCUAUCGUAGGCCUGAUCUUGCUCUCCAGCGUGAUGAGACAUUACUCGAGACUCACAGCCAACCCUUUUAAGUCGACCCUUACUGAUGACACUUCAGAUCAGAAGUACAAUUUGGUGGUUUAAAGGGGCCACUUAGGGAGGCACACGUCUCAGUUAAGCUUUUGAUGCUUCAAAUUAAAAUGACUCCUUCAACAGUGGUGGUGGCUCCAGAGCUUUCUGCAUACCUUGUAACUAUUCUGGUUUUCCGGGAAGACUCCUGAAUUGUGGACUCCAAGAGAUCGUUCAUCAAGAAACUCCAAGAAUAUGAGGCUAGAAUGAAAAUCAUCAUUUUCCGAAGUUGCCUCACUAGGAAACAUAGGAAAACGAAGCGCUCCAAGUGCCAUCCCGCCGGCGAUUUUCAUCCUAGCCAGCGGGGAGGCAGUUCGGGGAGAUUAGUUGCCCCAAAGAAGAGGAGAUUUAUCGUCGGGAGACUAAUCUACCUGAAUUGCAGUGUGUCUCUGCCCUUAGUCGCCCGGAGACAAAUCGGGGGGCGACUAAUCUCCUCGAACUGCCUUCCUGCCGGCUAGAAUCUAAAUCACCGGCGGGAUGGUACUCUGAGUGCUUCGUUUUCCGCAGACACCCAAAGUUGCCUCACGAGGAAAAUGAAUCAGUCCGAGUGCCAUCAUCUAGCCGGCGGGAGUUUGGGGAGAUUAGUUCCCCUGAAGAAGAGGAGAUUUGUCGCCUGGCGACUUAUUUCCCCGAAUUGCAAUUGCGUAUUUCUGCCCUUAGUCGCCCCGGCAACAAAUCGCUUCUUCUUCUUCGAAUCUAAAUCGCCGGCAGGAUGGCACUCGGAUCGCUUUGUUUUCCGAAGUCGUCAUCCCACCGGUGAUUUAGAUUCUAGCCGGCGGGAAGGCUUUUCGGGGAGAUUAGUCGUCCGAAGAAGAGGCGAUUUGUUGCCGGGCGACUAAAUCUUCCCUAUUUUUCGCAUAUGUCUCUUAGGAAUGGUUUCUCUAUAUUUACAUAAUGAAGGGCUGAACUGCACAAUUAGUGCAUUUUUUACCAUAGAAGAUGGGGGCUGAACCACUGGUAGACACCCCAUUCCCUAUUAGGGAAAGAUCUUAUAACCUAAGACAAAUUGUGUGCAGAAUCAUGUGCCCAAAUGUUGCUACGGUCACUUACCCUUUUUUUCUUUUAGUUUAUACUUAAAAGAUGGUUGUACUGUCGUAAUUCUUCAGUAAUUGUUGCACUGAAUCACUUUAAAAGGAUAAGGAUAUUAGACACGCUGCAGGCAAUGGACCAGAAGCUGGAAUUGGCUCCAUAAAAUUCUCCUCCUGGCCAUGUAGAGCUGACAAAUGUUUUAUUAUACUAGAUUUAAAGAUUCUAUUUCUAAGAUUGCUGGAAACAGCUCCCAGCCUGCUUUAGCCCUUUAUAAUAUGUUGGGAUAUAAUGGGAGUUGUAGUCCUGCAACAAUGUGAUGAACCACUGUAAUAGAAGGUCUACAUACCCUUCAAAGACAGGUUUCCCAAGGCGAAAUGCUCUAUCUCUAGUUGAUCUACAGCUCUUCACUCAAGACUUAACAUUCCUGCUCUGUAGAGAACAUUCUUCACUCUGCCUUAAACUGAGCUUGCAUCAUUGGUAUCCACUCCUGUAUUUAUAGUGUUAAAAAAAAAAAAAAAAUCAUUGUUAUAGAUGCAGUUAAAUACAUUUAUAUGCUAUAAACCUC